CGUGAAGCGACCUCACUUUCACCUACAAUAUCCGUCCGUCGUAUAUACCGAUACCGUUGACCUUUCAAUCUUCCGAUCGAUUGAAAAUGGAGGAGAAAUACAAAUCGCUGCAAGUAAUUCAUAAACCUGCAAAUUCUCGGGUCGUUACCGUAUACCUGAACCGACCCGCACGCUUCAAUGCUCUCUCACGCGACUUCUUCACGGAGUUCCCUAAGGCCCUCGCAUCGCUCGACGAAAGCCCCAACGUCGCCGUCAUCGUCCUGGCCGGAGCCGGGAAACACUUCUGCUCUGGCAUCGAGGUCGAUACCCUAGGCUCGGCCGCUGUUGAAUCCCAAUCGUCUGAACCUGGCCGCACGCGCGAGAAGCUCCGACGUGACAUCAAAUUUAUGCAGGACGCCGUGACGGCGAUCGAGAGGUGCAGGAAGCCUGUGAUUGCCGCGGUUCACGGCGCCUGCAUCGGCGGUGCGAUUGAUAUCAUUACCGCCUGUGACAUUAGGUACUGUGCGGCCGAUGCUUUUUUCUCAGUUAAAGAGGUUGACCUGGCCCUUGCAGCUGACCUCGGGACCCUCCAGAGGCUUCCGAGUAUCGUCGGGUUCGGAAAUGCAAUGGAGUUGUCUUUGACCGGCCGGAGAUUUUCGGGAUCGGAGGCUAAGGAGCUAGGCUUGGUUUCUAAGGUUUUCGGUACCAAGGAAGCCUUGGAGGAGGGCGUAAGAGCUAUUGCUGAGGGAAUAGCAGCAAAGUCUCCCCUAGCUGUGAUUGGAACAAAAGCCGUGUUGUUGAACACUAGAGAUUUGACAGUGGAGCAAGGUUUAGACUACGUCGCAACAUGGAACUCUGCUGUCCUUCCAUCCGAUGAUUUGAAAGAGGCAGUCUCAGCUCAAAGAGAGAAGAGAAAACCGGUUUUUGCAAAACUAUAGAGUUUGACUGAAGGCUAUACGCCCAGAAAAAGGAUUGCACCCUAAUUCUACCGCCAAACCGCCCUUGCCCUGGUGCUUGGCGGGUUUGUGUGCAGAGAAGAACGUUCAAGGAUGGUGGGCAUUUUGCAAGACAUGAAUGAAUGUCUAUCCUAGGAUUGACAGAUUGGACAACUGUGUAAAAUUCUUAGUUUCAUACUUAUCCUUUGUAGCAUCAAAUGCCAGGUCUACAAUUGAAUAAUGGAUAUUUCCUACUUAAAUGAGACAUGAAAUUUCUUAUGUUAGCUGAAA